UCAUCCAGGUACACUCUAUUACUAGAAACACUAUAGUAUAUGUUACAUAUAUUAUAGCACUUCUAGUAAUAGAAUACACCCGGGUGUGGAAUCUGAACGCAGUCCUAUAUGUCGAUGGUUCUAAGAAGGUCUGCAUCCAGAGAAAGAGGAAGAUAUUAGGCGAAACAUAACCUUGACAGCGCAUUAUUGUGAGAAAAUAGUAUCUUCUUCGAAAGUAUUUUUUUCGUAUAGUAUUUUUUGAAAGAAACGAGAACGAGUGUAGCGUAAGCAAUAAUUUUCAAAAUAUUUUAAUUAAUACUUAAAUAUUGAAAUGCUAUCAAGUAUAAAUUAAUAUGAUAUAUAAUAAAUUAACAUGUACAUUUUUCUAAUUCGAAAUAUCGGUGAAGUUGUGUUAACGUUGUGCGACGUUGUACAAAAUAUUAAAAUUUUUUGACGUAUAUACGAAGCAUUAAUUCAUAUAAAAAGCAUGGAAGAUGAACAGAGUGCAAAGAAAGCCAAACUUGAUGAAAUUCCUGUCAUAAGUGAAGGAAAAGCACAAAUAUUGGUCAUGACUCAGAAUGUAUUUUACAAUCCAGUUCAAGAGUUUAACCGAGAUCUCAGUAUAGCUGUAUUAACAAUAUUUGCAAAAGACAGAUGGAAUGAAAUAUCACAGAAAAGUAAAUUAGAAAGAGAGAGGAAUAAUGAAACUAAUACAUUACACAAUAUAGAGAUAAAUAUAGAUAGCCAGAAAGGUAUUACGAUAUUAGAGGCUCUAUCAGCAACUGGUUUGCGAAGUAUACGGUAUGCUAAGGAAAUAAAAAAUGUCCGACAGAUUGUAGCUAAUGACAUUUCUGUAAAGGCAGUAGAAAGCAUUAGACGAAACGUAUUACAUAACAAUGUUGAAAAUCUGAUAAUGCCUUCUCAAGAAGAUGCUAUGUUAUUGAUGUAUCAACACAGACGUGAUCGCUUCGAUGCGGUUGAUCUGGAUCCGUACGGUUGCCCCUCUAUAUAUCUAGAUGGAGCAGUGCAAUGUGUAUCGGAUGGCGGAAUACUUUUGAUUACAGCUACUGACAUGGCUGUACUAGCUGGCAAUGGUCCAGAAACCUGUUAUUAUAAAUAUGGAGCAAUAUCCAUAAAAUCGAAAUCUUGUCACGAAAUAGCGUUAAGGAUAUUAUUACAAUGUAUUGCAUCUUAUGCAGGGCGUUAUGGACGAUAUAUAAUACCAUUAUUAUCUGUAAGCGUUGAUUUUUAUAUAAGAGUAUUUGUCAAAGUCUUCACAAGCCAUGAUAAAUGCAAGGAAAACUCUACUAAGAUAGGAAUGCUUUAUCAGUGUACAGGAUGCGAGAGUAUUAAGUUUCAAACAUUAGUAACAAAGAAGCCUUCCAGUAAUUAUAAAUUAUUAUGUGCACCUGUAGUGGACCAAUUAUGCGAACAUUGCCGUCACUGGCAGCACAUGGGUGGUCCAAUAUGGCUGGGUCCUUUGCAUGAUCAAGCGUUUGUAUCACAAAUGUUAUGCAAUCUUAGUAGCAUGGAGCUGGGCACGCUGAAAAGAAUGAAAGGUGUUUUGACUAUGAUACAUGAAGAACUGGAUGUUCCUUUGUAUUAUAAUCUAAAUCGCUUGAUGUCCAUAGUUAAAUGUCAGGUCCCACCAAUGUUAGUGUUCAGAUCAGCGUUAUUAAACGCAGGAUAUAAAGUGUCAUAUUCGCACGCAAAUAAAGUCUCGAUCAAGACGAAUGCAUCAAAUAACGUAAUAUGGGAUAUCGUACGCGCUUGGGAAAAAAAGCAUCCUGUGAAAAGAGAGAAGCUAGCUGUAAAUAGUCCGGCCGAACGAAUACUCAAUGCAUCGUCAACGAUAGAGAUUUCACUCGAUAUACAUCCUCUUGCAAAUCCAAUUUCUCGGCAAAAACAUUUAUCUCGCUUCCAAAAAAAUCCUACUGUAAAUUGGGGUCCUGGUGUCCGUGCUAGAACAAGAGUGGACAUCGAAAAUAAGAUGGAAGAUUUGAAAAAAGUGAGAAAUCAGAACAAGAAUAGUAAAAAUAAAUCUGCUGCAGCUAAACAGUCAGUGGUACUAAAUUUGAAUGACUGAAUGUUGAACAUGAAUGAUAACAAAUUUAAAAAAUUUUCUAGGAUUUUUGUAUACUCGUAUAUAUAAUAUGUAAGGCAUGAGGUUGUCGAUACUUGGAUUUGUGAUCAUAGAUUACGUCUCACAUAUUAAAUGUAGCAAAAUUUUUAUGUGCGUAAACUUCGAAUAAUUUAUCACGAAUAGACUUAGCUCUACGUCCAUACAAUCGACAAAUGAAAGUUAUUUGCGUACAUUUAUAUCAUUAUUUUAGAUUGUACGACAAAUAUAAAUAUAUCUAUUUUAUGUCUAAUAAGAUAUCUUUACGACAAAUAUAAAUAUAUCUAUUUUAUUUCUAAUAAGAUAUCUUUUAUAUAUUUUUCAAUAUUGCAUAUUUUUUUGGGACGAGUUUCGCGACCUUAUUCCUGUGCCUUUAACCUGCUAUUUGGAAUAAAGUGUUUAUGAGACAUAUAA